GGGCGACGCGCCGCUCCGAGGACGCCCCGGGCUGCCGCCGGCUCGGGGCCGCGGCGAUCGCGGGACGCGCGGCUCCCCUCGUCGCCCCCCUCACCCUUUUGGAGGAGUCAAAUCCGGCUUUUAGAGCGCGGGGAGGGUGGGGAUAUCCGGUGCCUCCCGGACGCCGGGAGAAAGGGGGAGGGCGGAGAGGAUCCGCGGCCAGUCUGCGCCGAGCAGAUUCAAACCAAAACAAAAAGAUUAAAGGAGCAGCGGCCGGGGUGGCAGCGAUCCCCAGGCCGGGACCCCGGGGGUGGCGCGUCCGGGGACCACGGGGGCUGUGCGGACUGCGGGCGCUGCGCGCGGCGGGGAAGGGGAGCGGGAGCCAGUCCUUGUGGGGAAGGAGGGGGGAGUCGAGGGGAGCACGCGGGCCGGAGGAGGGGCGGACCCGCCUGCUCCGCCCGCCCGCUCGGAGCCAAGCCGAGUCGAGCGGCCCGGGCUGGGCGCGACCCCGGCCCGCGGCGGCGCAGAAAGCGGGCAGAGGCGCGGGCCAUGCUGCGGCUGGCGUCCGCCGGGGCCAGAGCCAUCGUGGACAUGUCGUACGCUCGCCACUUCCUGGACUUCCAGGGCUCCAACAUCCCCCGCGCCAUGCAGAAGCUGGUGGUGACCCGGCUGAGCCCCAACUUCCGCGAGGCCGUCACCCUGCUCCGGGACUGCCCGGUGCCUCUCCCCGGGGACGGAGACCUCCUCGUCCGGAACCGAUUUGUCGGUGUCAAUGCAUCUGACAUCAACUAUUCCGCGGGCCGAUAUGACCCUUCAGUCAAGACCCCCUUUGAUGUAGGUUUUGAAGGUGUGGGAGAGGUGGUAGCCUUAGGCCUGUCAGCCAGUGCCAGCUACGCCGUUGGCCAAGCGGUGGCUUACAUGGCCCCGGGCUCCUUCGCUGAGUACACAGUGGUGCCUGCCCGGGCUGCAGCUCCCGUGGCCUCCGCGCAGCCUGAGUAUGUGUCCCUGCCAGUCAGUGCUACCACUGCGUACAUCAGCCUGAACGAGCUCGGAGGGCUGUCGGAAGGGACAAAAGUUUUGGUGACGGCAGCAGCUGGGGGGACAGGCCAGUUCGCAGUGCAGCUUGCAAAGAAGGCCAAGUGCCAUGUAAUUGGCACCUGCUCUUCCGAUAAAAAAUCCGCUUUUCUGAAAUCCAUUGGCUGCGAUCGUCCCAUCAACUAUAAGACGGAGCCUGUGAGCACUGUCUUGAAGCAGGAAUACCCCAAAGGUGUGGAUGUGGUCUACGAAUCCGUCGGGGGCGCCAUGUUCGACUUGGCCCUGGAUGCCUUGGCUGUCAAGGGGCGUCUGAUAGUCAUUGGCUUCAUCUCUGGCUACCAGACUCCUACCGGCCUUUCUCCUGUGAAAGCAGGGACAUUACCAGCCAAACUGCUGAAGAAAUCUGCCAGUGUCCGCGGCUUCUUCUUGAACCAUUCCCUUUCUAAGUAUCAAGCAGCCAUGGACCACUUGCUUAAGAUGCACGCGGCUGGAGACCUGGUCUGCGAGGUGGACCUUGGAGAUCGGUCUGCAGAAGGCAGGUUUAUUGGCCUGGAGUCUGUAUUCCGGGCUGUUGAUUAUAUGUACAUGGGAAAAAACACUGGAAAAAUUGUAGUUGAAUUACCUCGCUCUGUCAACAGUAAGCUCUAAAAACAGAACAAUGACAUAAAUCCGAGGAGAAAGAAAAUGGGCACUUUACUCUUCAGAAUUACUCAAAUCAAGUUAUUUGUAGAUGGCUAAUGGGUAUGAUAUUUCUUAAACAAAAGUCAGGAGUUAAUGAAUAAGUUUCUCUUUAUUUCUUUUCUCUCUCCCUUUUUUUUUUUUUUUUUUUUUUUUUUUUUGCCCCUCCCUUGAAAAAUAAUGCUAAUAAAAACUUCUCUUGAUGGCUCAGAGGUAAAACCGUAAUACUCAAUUCUUUGGUCAUGGACCAUCUCAUUCCAGAUUUUAUUGUUCCAGAGAAUUAAAUUAAUUCCUGAUGCAAGAUCUGAUCAAAUCAGUAUGUCUUCAGCUUGAUGAGAUUUUAAAAUCAGUCUUGAAAAUAGUCCACAAUUUCUUUACUUUGGGAAAGUUUGGUCUUAGGCUAAUGAGCAGUUAAUAAAUGAGAGAGAGAACAGAAGGGCUGCCAUAUAUUUUCAGAGUCCAUAUUCCCAGGAAAUGGCCCUCCUGCCUUUUCUACAAAUUACCAACUAUCUAAAUAGAAAUUGAGAGGAAUUCUCCCAAAACCUUGAUUUUGUUAGGCUAUUAGAAAAAUGACUAUUUGAACACAGACCUAUUUUUUUUUAAAGUGUCUAUUAUUUAAUGCUUUUUGCACGAUUAUCCCAGUGAGGCCUUUGUGGAACCCAAAGUUUGUCUCUGCCCUUAAGAAGCAAAUUAGUAUUGAAAACCGAUAAGACAAAAACAGGCUUUAGGAAGGGAUACUACAGAGAUGGGAGUGCUUUAAAAACUUCGGACCUGCCCCCGGAAUGGAGCGGUUGUGCUGCGCCCACAUCCACGGGGAGGGUCUGCCCAACAAAGGGGAGGCAGUCUUUAGGCAUACAGCCAGAGAUUAAUAACAGCAUCCCUCGUCUGCCUGAAGCAGGCUCUAGCAGACAGCGCUGUGCAGAGGAGGGCCUGACGCAAUCUAAAAUAACAAGACAUUCGCUUCAUGUUUCAGACUUUCGGACACGGUGUGUUUUCUCUCUGCUCUUGGAAACAGGCUAGCGCAUGUGGCACAGAACACUGUCCCCGUGUCCCCAUUUUACUUCCCCGCGCGUUCUGUGGGAAUGAGUGGCUCCUCGUCUCUACUGCCCACUGCCCGGGGUCACAUGUGAGAGGCACGUCUGGAGCCCCAUCUGGGGAAUCGCGGGCAGCCCACCCGCCCGCCUCCUCACCUUCAGCUCGCAGGGCAGGCUGCGGCUUCCAGCACGUUUGAAAUCCCACCGCGCCUCUCUGGUGGGAGGCAGAGCCCACCCGAUUAUUUUUCAAAGCCCUGGGUUUCAGUGUCCCUAACCUGCUCCAUAAUAGGAACGCAAUUAAAGAUGCUCCAGGAAACUUGGUGACCGUAUUUAAUGUUUCUCUCCUCCCAUCUUGAGGGGCAAGGAAAUCCCACCACUGAAGAGCGGUUAGUAUCUGUUUUACAAGAUUUACUCAUUUUCAGGUGCCUGACGUAGCUGCUAGCAUGCAUGCACAACAAUACAAUUUAUAUGGUAAAUGGGACCGAAUAAUGGCUUCACUGAAUGUUAUGGCUGCGCUGAAGGGAGAUGUCACGGUAAAUAGCCGCCAAAUUAUGGAUCGUGCCGCAGUGUCACAACUGCACUGAAGACAGAUAGCACUGGGGGCGAUCGCCACUGGGAUGUCUGUGAGUUAUGAAGAAGGCGGGCGGCCUGAUGCGGAGCUCUUUGUGUCCUCGUUAGGGCAGGGGUGCCGGUGCGGGGUGCGAGAGGAGUGGCCCAGUGUGGCGCUGGGGGUCAUCUGUCCCUUUCUGACCCAGCAGCUCCGGCCACAAGAAGGAGACUUUUCUGCCCGCUUUCAGCAGCAUCUGCACACACGGGUCAGGGGACAGGUUCUGGGAAUGCUCAGUGCCCAGGAAGUGACCGGCCACGGGCAGACGCUGCGAUCCACCCAAGCCGUCCACGGAGGUGAUGCGACUUCACGGGGUAUCUGUUGCUUCCCACGCAGAGAGAUGUGCGGGGUCUGAACCGGCCGCCCCUCUCCCCCCACGGAGGCUCCAGGAGCAAGGACCCCGCCAGCUGAACUGCUGCUUCCAAACUGCAGUGCGUCCCGGUUUCUUUCAUUUUAAUGGGAGGGUAAUAAAGAUGAAAGACCAGCAUUUGAGCUGAUGGAUCCCUUAAGCUACAGAAUAGAAAUUUAUGAUGUUUUGAAGGAAUAGACGAAAUUCAGCGAUGUAAAAAAAAAAAAAAAUUUCAAACACCGAAGUCUAAAAUAAAAUAUAAUCUGAAAACCUCAUGCUCACUUUCCCCAAACUCAGGAACUACAGUGCAUGCUGUUUUCAUUUAUUCUUAGAAAACAAGCAUGAAGGAUUCCGCCCAUUCAGAUAAUGCCAAAAAUAUGUUUAAACUUUUUUUUUUCUUAUUCUUCUGAAAAAUGAUUUGUAAAUUGAGGGUCAUAGUUCAGUAUCAGUUUCAUCUGCUGGGAUUAUCGUUCAGGACGAGCCUGUAAUGGGAGGUGAAAUGGUGCGACACGCUCACACCCCUUCCUGAACUGCAUUACAUAGCACAGAACGUACAUCCGUAAUUCAGGGCAAUUGUCAGUCUUUGUGUUAGAGACAGGGCUGGGGCUGAGCGAUGCUGGGGGAUGAGUUAUUUCUCGGUUCUCAGGGUGGCCUUCUCUGCACCUCAGCCUUGAGGUCUCUGGCUGGGCAGAGGGAGGGGUUUGACUUUGAGAAGCCAUGCCUUGCCAUUCCGUUGUGACUUCUAAAAGAACAAGUGCUAUAUUCCUUCACAUUUGCAUGCAAACAAACAAACAAAAAAAUGCCAACAGUGUCUUUUCGGGUUUCUUUGACGAUGAAUCCUGCUAGUAAAUGUGGUCAGCAUUUAAAAAAAAUUUUUUUUCAGGGAAUAGUUCACAAAGAAAUGACAUGGAAGUUUUGCUUGAUAUGCUCUAUACAUUAUUAUUAUAUGAUCUCAUCUGAAUACAGUUUCUCCAGAGUAGGAUAGAGCCUCUGUAAAUGGUCAUUAGUAUUACAUUCAGUAUUUAUCUAAUGAAAGUGCAGUGACAAGUAGCUGCUGCUUAUUAAAAUGAAAAUCCUGCGUUAUGUACUUAAGGAACAUUCUGGCUAAUGAGGGUGUAAUGUCCUCAGUACAACACAGACCUUCUUUUUGCGUUCCCCACCACAAGACGCUGGAAACUUGACAAAUGAUAUCAUUUAAGACACAUGCCUGCCGUAGGGACCUGCUUUUUGGCUUCCUGUUUCUGGCUUUUAUUUGGGUAACAUUUCUAAUGACCACCCGACUUGUAACGGGUAAUGUUUUAACCCCUUCAUAGAGUUCCCAAUUAGCAUGAAUUUACUACAUUCAGGGUUUCCUUUAAAAUGGGGCAGGGGGGGUUUAGUACUGAAAAUAUUUUUCUUGAUCACUUUACCACAUGUACAUAUGGGACAAAUACCACAUUUUAGAUUUAUAUAAAAACAGAUGAGCAAUAUGCAACUUUCAGGAAAAAAAAAACACACACAACAGAAAAAAACCAAACUCAAUCAGUUGUGGAUGAGAAUUUCCUAGGGGCUACAAUUUGCGUUUUAUGAAUGUAACCCAGACGUGAGGCCCCCGAUUGGACGGACUCCUAAUCACUGUUCCCUAGCCUUCCCCUCUCUGCUUUUAUUACAUAUCGUUUGUUAUUUAUAGUACUUAUUUAGAGACAUGAAACUUAUCUAUGUAAACAUUAUUCAUUAGUUUGGGGCUUGGGGAUUUGUUGGGGUUUUUUUUUGAAAGUUCGAUUUUCUGUAACUAAUGUUUUAGUUAGGGCCCAGAGUUAAAUAUUUAGGAUGAUAUUUCAGAAGUCAGAGAGGAUUUUAAACUUCAAAUUCUGUUGCUUCCUAGACCUUUAGCAUUGUUAUUUCAACUUAUAAAGAGAGGAAUGUUCAAUGGGAGAACCUUAUUGCUGUGACCCUGAGCAAAGUAUGCAACGUUGCCAAGAGAGGAAGAAAAAAAAAAAAAAAAGACAAAACACUAUCCAAAAUACGUAAGGAAUAUUUUUACCAACAAGUAAUUCUUGCUAGUAGAGAGUUGAUACUCAACAAAAGUCAGAUAAGGUGUGUGCAUGAGGUUUCUAUGUGACUCCUUCACUGGGUCUGGGUGUCGCUGGGCUGUGACGGUAAGACUGAGUGCUCUUCUGUCCCCAGAGCAGGGUUUCUGCCAGCAUAGAGCUCCCCCUCAGGGCUGGCUCGGCUUCUCCAGGGGCGCAGACACUCCUGGGCAGCGUGUCUUGGAUCCCUCACGUGGGAGGGUAAGUACUGCAUGGAGUACAGUUUGGGGGAGCCAGUGUGUGCCUCAUAGGUCCUGAGCAGCUCUGAGCCAAAAGCACAGAGAUUCCAACAGCCCCCCAAAGUAAGAGUUUCCCUUGAAGGGCACUAUCUGACAGUGCCUUUCUGCCAACAUGAAAUUAAAAUAAUAAUUAAAACACACCCUGCUGACUGGCGGUAGUACCAGUACGAGCGACGGAUUGCUGCUUAGAGCUCAGGAAAGGGUUCCAUACGAUCAUCAGCCACUGCCCUGCCUUGCCCUCUGCACCAGAGGGCCACACUCUCUCUUAGAAUGACUUGCACGGAUGAUGUCUUUGUCAGUGGGGAUGUAGGACCGUGUUCAGGGAUGCGAGGGCGUCCUGCAGAAGUCUGCCUCGCCGUCUGCCUGCCCCUGGGAGGUCGGUCGGCACACACUUAGAGCUGGAAGGAUCCCGGGACACUCUCUGUCCCCCCAGAAGGAGAAGACCCCGUAGUCUUUUAAAUGGUAAAAUUUGGGAUUUAAGCGACCAUCUACUCCUACCCAUUGUAUAAAUUAAGAAACCAAAGCACAGGAAGGAUAGGUGCCUCGUCUAGGGUCGUAGAGUUCACUGGCCUCAGGAGUGAAGCCAGAACACAGGCAGGCAGCUGCCCAGGGCCUCAGACAGUCUUGGGCUUAGCUCCUUCGUGCUUUGCCAGCGUCCCUCAGUACAUGGCUGGUUAGAAGUAUUGCAGAAUCACAGCUGCCCUUUGUUGCAAAUCUUUUUGUGGGUGAGAUGACGACCAACCCACGAAGACUAUCACGGUUCAGACCACGGAAGUGUGUUCACUCAGGACCCCCUUUAAUCGAGCACAAGUCACAGUUCCAGAUCAUUUGAUUCCGUGUCAUCUAAAUAUCACACCAGCUUCUGGGGGAAAAAGUACUCAGUGGAAUUAAUGGCUGAAUGCUCACAAUUUCAUUUUAAUGCUACAAGGAAGGUCUCUGUCCUAUCAAUGCAUUCUUGGAUGUCCAAUCAUGAAAAUCAAAUAAAGAAAAUCUUUAUUA